UGUUUUGUUUUUCUCUUUCUCGAAUCAUUGUGCCCACCGGUGGCCAACGAUUUCUGUGUUCUCGAGACUGAAUCCGUGCUCCGCGACUGAAGUUGCCUCCAGUGUUACUGAUGUCAUGGGGGACCCAAUGGGAAGAUGAUCACGGGACUGCGGAGUCUUGUAGAGGUUUGGCGGAGAUGACAUCAAUGGCUGAGUUGAUAUGCGGAACCCUGAUGUCCUCUCGAUGGCAAGACAAUGGCGGAUAUACAGUUGGGUGCUCACACGGUGCAAUCUCAUGGGGUGAAGGUUGCAAGAUUCCACAUGCAUGACUGGAUAAUACUACUACUUCUUGUUGUAAUAGAAGUCAUAUUGAAUGUUAUAGAACCAUUUCAUCGUUUUGUGGGGAGAGACAUGAUGACUGAUCUGAAAUACCCACUGAAAAGUAACACGGUGCCAUUUUGGGCUGUUCCAGUGAUUGGGAUUAUCUUGCCUUUUGUAAUCUUUCUUGCAAUUUACUUCAGAAGAAGGGAUGUAUACGAUUUGCAUCAUGCGAUCCUGGGUCUCCUGUACUCUGUGCUCAUUACUGGGGUGAUAACAGAUGCCAUUAAGGAUGCAGUAGGCCGACCUCGACCUGACUUCUUUUGGCGCUGUUUUCCUGAUGGAAAAGAGGUUUAUGACAAUGUCACAACAAAUGUUAUAUGCAAUGGAGAAAACAAUGUUAUAAAGGAAGGACACAAAAGCUUUCCUAGUGGCCACUCCUCAUGGUCUUUUGCAGGACUAGGAUUUCUUUCAUGGUACCUUGCAGGGAAAAUCCAAGCUUUUGAUAGAAGGGGCCACAUUGCAAAACUCUGCAUUGUAUUAUUUCCCCUACUUUGUGCAUCUCUUGUGGCGAUUUCUCGAGUGGAUGACUAUUGGCAUCAUUGGCAAGAUGUGUUUGCUGGUGGUUCUUUAGGACUGAUAGUUGCUUCGUUUUGUUAUCUGCAGUUCUUCCCACCACCACAUGAUGCAAAUGGUUGGGGCCCGCAUGCAUAUUUCCAAACGUUGGCAGAUACACAGAGUAAUACUCGGAUGACUCAUGCUGCAAAUCCUCUCAGUAUUAGGUCAUUGGAGGCCGAAGCUGGUUACAUCUAUACCCGACAACAAGUUUAGAUCAACAUAUAGGUUCAACCCUGUCGUGGGACACGAGUCUGAUCCCAGAUGCUAAGAUCUCACUUCAGAUUGUCACAAUGAGCCACUUACGAACAGCUUGUAGAUGUACAGGAUCUAGAGAUAAGUCUUCUGUCAUUGUUCUACAUGCACAUGGUAGAGACUUGGAUCGUGUAGUUCGUGCAGAUAUGUUUGGUAUCUUGAAAACACAAGGUGUGUGUGUGGUGGAAAUCGUGAAAUCAUCAUCCUCUUCAAAAUAGAUAUAGCCAGCCAGUAUUAGUCCUCCAACCUUCACUAGUAAUUCUUUAUAAAGUACACAAUGUGGCACUCAUCAGUUAAUAUUAUUGUCAUUAUAAUAUUAGGAGGUGUAUCUUCA